AUGUCGUGUUUCGAGCAAAAGUACAAUUGCCAUUUGGUUCAGCCAAGGGAGUUAAAUGAAUCGUCUAUUCCACCAGCUCGAGAAGUCAUUGGAGCGGUGCGUAAUGGUAGCGUAGAAUUUGCUUUAGCUGCUUCCCUACCAUCCUUGCCUAUAACAGGAUUUAUGUAUCCCUUUGAGCUGUUGAGCUGGUGCCUGAUGAUGCCAGUUCCGGCGCAGGUGCCUCAAAGUGAACUCUAUGCCAAAGUAUUCAAUCUUUCCGCUUUUCUAUUAACCCUCGCCGCCAUGAUAGUCAUUUCAAUGACCCUUUCUGUGGCUCUGCGUCUUCAUGGCUUUCGCGUUCAUUUGGCACAGUUUCUUUUGCACGAUGCCUGUUUCAGAGGAGUCCUUGGACAGACUUUCAGUGAGCCAUUUAGACCUCCGAUCUUAGUGCGGGCCAUUUAUCUGCAAAUCUGUGUACUGGGCAUACUGAUCACAUCUUGGUACAAUUCAUAUUACUCCACCUAUGUGACAAGUCCACCACGACUUCCGCCGUUCACCAGCUAUGAGAGCAUUCUUAAUUCCAAGACAAAAGUUGUCGUCUGGACACCGGAAUAUCAAGUGCUCCUUCAAUACACUGAGACAAUUGUUAAGUAUUCUUCAAUUUUCAAAUUCAUAUCGAACUACGAAGUAUUUCUACAACUGCGGGACUCUUUCAAUACUGAAUACGGCUAUAUGAUGCCCCUGGAGAAAUGGAAUCUCAUUACGGAACAACAGAAGGUGUUCAGUUCACCGCUUUUCACCUUGCAGGAGAAUCUUUGCUUCUAUCACACCAUUCCCAUUGCAUUUCCCAUUAUCGAUAAUAGUGUCUUUCGAGAGCCAUUCGAACGUUUGAUAUCGGAGAUUACGGCCAUGGGACUAUUGGAACAUUGGAAGCGCAUGGCCUUUACAGAGAUGAUUGAGGCAGGCAAAUUGAGUCUUUUGGACUUGGGUAAACCAAAAGUAUUUCGUCCCAUGCAACUACAGGAUUUGGAGUACGUUUGGUUCGUUGGUGGAUCAAUGUUUACUUUGGCUUUCGUAGUGCUUUUAUUGGAAUUGAUUUGGCAAUUUAUUCGAAACAUAAUUGAACGAAAAUCAAAUAAGAAUGUUUAA